AUGAAAAAAGAAAAACAUGCACACAUGAAUUUACAGCUGUUGCUGCAGCAGCAGCAGCAGCAACAGCAGCAGCAGCAGCAGCAGCAGCAGCAAGGGGUCCACCACAGCGAAAACAUAAAAAAAAAACAGCAGCAAACUUACAAAGACAAUCAUCUAGAUCAUCAACAGCAGCAGCAAGAGCACCAGCAGCAGCAGCAACACGAAACAAGAGCAGCAACAACAGCACCACCGCCGCAAAUCAGCAUCAGCAGCAGCAGCAGCAGCAGCAGCAGCAGCAGCAGCAGCAGCAGAGUUUACUUGCGACAGCAGCAGCAACAGCAGCAGAUACAAACGCAACAGCAGCAGCAACAGCAGCAGCAACAGCAGCAGCAACAGCAGGAACAGCAGCAGCAACAGCAGCAGCAGCAACAGCAGCAGCAGCAACAGCAGCAGCAGCAGACGAAGAAAACUCAGCAGCAGUAG